AUGAAUAAGAACAGACAAUUACUUGUAUUUAUAGGGGUAUUAUUCCAUUUCUUAUACCUAUGGUCAAUAUUUGACAUUUAUUUUGUUCUGCCGUUGGUUCACGGUAUGAAUCACCAUUUGUCAACUGAAACUCCACCUGCCAAAAGAUUAUUCCUUAUAGUUGGUGAUGGAUUACGUGCUGACAAAACUUUUCAAAAGUUAACCCACCCAAAGACAGGUGAAGAUAAGUACUUGGCUCCUUAUUUACGUGGAAUUGUUCAAAAUAAUGGUACCUGGGGAAUUUCAAAGACUAGAAUGCCAACGGAAUCAAGACCGGGGCAUGUGGCCAUGAUUGCAGGUUUCUAUGAAGAUGUCUCCGCUGUUACCAAGGGUUGGAAAGAGAAUCCCGUGAAUUUCGAUUCAUUCUUUAAUCAAUCCAAACAUACUUAUUCAUUUGGUUCUCCCGAUAUCUUGCCAAUGUUUGCAUAUGGUGAUGGUGUUGUACCGGGCAGAAUUGAUGUGUGUAUGUAUGGGCAUGAAUUUGAAGAUUUCACUCAAAGUUCAAUUGAAUUAGACUCAUUUGUGUUUAAACAUUUUGACGACUUAUUAGCCAAUCUGACAGUUAAUCAAACUUUACAUGAUGAAUUACAUCAAGAUGGAAAUGUCUUCUUUUUACAUUUACUAGGUUGUGAUACUGCUGGGCAUGCAUAUCGUCCAUAUUCGGCAGAAUAUUAUGAUAAUAUUGAAUAUAUUGAUACGAAACUUGCCGAAUUGGUUCCUAAAAUCAACGAAUUCUUUGGUGAUGAUCAAACUGCGUUUAUCUUUACUGCAGACCAUGGUAUGAGUGAUUUUGGAUCUCACGGUGAUGGACAUCCUGAUAAUACACGUACUCCAUUAAUUGCAUGGGGAGCAGGGAUAAAUAAGCCAAAGAAAUUAACGGAUUUACCUGAACUGCAAGCUGUCAUACAAGAUCCAAUUAAUAGUGGAUUUGAGAAAGAUUAUUUCAAUACUUGGGAUUUUGAUCAUUUAGGAAGAUUUGAUGUUAAUCAAGCCGAUAUUGCCUCACUUAUGGCAUAUUUAAUUGGGGCACAAUACCCUGCAAAUUCAGUUGGAGAAUUGCCUUUGGGUUAUUUAGAUGCAACUCAAUCUACUAAAAUUAAGGCAUUAUAUGCCAAUGCAUUAGCAAUUGUUGAACAAUACAUUGUUAAGCAGGAUGAAGUACAAGAUCAUCAAUUUAAGUUUAAACCAUUCAAUCCAUUCGAAGAAAAACCAAUUACAAACUAUACUAGUGAAAUUGAAAAGUUGAUAGAAACCUUAAAUCAAGAUUUAGCUCAAGAUUUAAAAAUUGAAAUUGAACAUCAAGCAAUUUCUCUCGCUGAAGAAUUGAUGAAGAAAGCUUUAGAAGGGUUGACAUAUUUACAAACUUAUAAUUGGGCAUUACUUCGUUCAAUUGUCACAUUAGGAUUUUUUGGAUGGAUUCUUUAUUCAUUUAAUAUCUUUUUAAAAUUAUUCAUUUUGAACGAACUGGAUUUGGAAAAGUAUAAACUGAAAUCAUCAUAUAUUUUAAUUGGAAUAUUUGUUGCUAUUUCUGCCCUGAUUAACUAUUUGUUAUACUAUCAAAAUUCUCCAAUUAAUUAUUAUAUGUACACUUGGUUCCCAUUAUAUUUCUGGUACACUAUUUUAGAUGAGCAGGAGUAUUUUAAACAAGGGGUAGAUAUCUUCUUACAUGGUAUUUCGAGUUUCACCAGAAUUGUUCUUGUUGUUAUAUUUAUUGGAAUGUAUGAAGCAAUUGCCUACGGGUUUUUCCAAAGAUUUAUAUUUUCUGUUAUAUUUGUGUUAGUUGGGUUAUAUCCAUUGGCUGUCAACGGUUCCAAUUUGAUAAAUAAUAAAUUAAAAAUUUCAUGGUUUGCAAGUUGUUUCUUUAUGUGUUUUUUCACAAAUUCCAACCCGGUUAAGGUUGAAAGUUUGACUCAAAUUAACAUUGGUGGAAUAUUGUCAUUUGUUGUUGCAAUUAUGGGAGCAAAAAAAGUUUUUGUUAAUAAAGAAGUUGAUUAUAUUCAAAGGAAAUUAAUUUGGUAUCAAAUUCUAGCAAUUCCUAUAAUGUUGUAUGCUACCAAUGUUUCGGUUAUUUCAUUGCAAGCAAGGGAUGGGUUACCGCUUUUGUCGCAAAUACUUGGGUGGAUUACCUUUAUUGUUUCUAUUCUUGUAUUACCAAUUUUACACUCAACAGCCCCUUCAACAGACUAUGAAUUAAGGUUGUUGAUUAUAUUUUUAACAUUUACGCCUACAUUUAUUAUCCUUGCCAUUUCAUUUGAAGUAUUGUUCUAUGUGGGAUUUUCUUUAGUUUUAUUGCAGUGGUUGACUAUUGAAGAAUCGCUUAAAAUCCCUCAUGAAUCUAUUGUUAAAUCUCAAAAAGAAACAGGUAGGUUACCUGAAGGUUACUGGUUACAAGUUAUUAGAAUUGCAAUCAUUGGUUUCUUCUUUUUACAAAUUGCAUUUUUUGGUAUUGGUAAUGUUGCACUGAUUUCGUCAUUUUCUUUGGAUUCAGUGUACCGGUUGAUUCCUAUCUUUGAUCCAUUCUCAAUGGGGGCAUUAUUGAUGUUAAAAUUGAUCAUUCCAUAUGUUUUAUUAUCUACAUGUCUUGGAAUAAUGAAUCAUCAGUUAGAAAUCGAAAAAUUUACAAUUUCAAGUUUAAUUAUUUCAACUAGUGAUUUCCUAUCGUUGAAUUUCUUCUUCUUGGUUAGAACUGAAGGAAGUUGGUUAGAUAUUGGGGUUAGUAUUUCAAAUUAUUGUUUGGCAAUAUUAUCCUCGUUGUUUAUGUUGAUUUUAGAGUUAUUCAGUUCGUUGGUUUUAAAAGGUGUAAAAUAUGAACGUGUGGAUGUGUCCAAAAAACAAGAGUAA